AUGGAGAACACAUUUAUGGUAUAUGCAAUUGUCUACUCAAGGGAGAAGUUGGACGUGCGACCGGCCAAUCGGCAGAACCUAUCUUUUUUCGAGGCAUUAGCACGAAAGAAAAUCCCUCCGCGUGCUAACUCCAAGGGCUCUGUGGAUUCCCUUGAUGGCACUGCAGCCCCUCCUGAACCUGGCAUACCCACACCACAAGCAGAGGCACCGAAAAGCAUACUGCCAUUCUAUGCCCGCCCUGCAUUCAUGGACAAUGCUUCCCGCAUUCCUGUUAUGACCCUUCAGCAUCCCCCAAUGUCUAUUCCUCCUCCUUCAUCUCCCAGCUUGGCUGCUGCAUACCGGCCACCUCCAAUUCCCCUAAUGCAGUUUCCACACCUUAUGCCCCCUCCUCCUAGGCUUCCUCCUCCUCUAGGCAUGCCUCCCCCAAAUACACUGCCGCCAGCACUUCAUUUAAAUCCCGCUUUCUUUCCCCCUCCUAACUCUGCCCUGGGCCCUCCUCCUGAUCCUUACAAGAUGCUGUCUAGUCCGUUCAUGCACAGUCGGGACUUAAAGGGUCCAAUCCCACAUGUGAGUGAAGCAGAAUUUGAAGAGUUAAUGAACAGAAAUCGAGCUAUUUCUAGGAGUGCUCUAUCUAAUGCAGUCUGUGGAGCAACUUCAGGUGACUACUCAAACGCCAUAAAAACUCUUGAAACAGCCAUUGCUGUAAUUAAAGAGUCACGUGUGGCAAGUGAUGACCGCUGUCGGGUGCUGCUGGCCUCUCUCAGAGACUGUCUCCAUGGCAUUCAAGACAAAGCCAAUUCUAUCAGGAAGAGGCACAGGUCCAGAGAUCGUUCACCCAGCCGAUCCCGGGAAGGCAGCAGCCGACGUCACAGAGACAACCAUGAUGAGCGCUCAGAAGAUUAUUACCAUGAGCGGCAUCGAGACAAGGACCGACAUCGCUGAGACAGGUGAUGAUGGGUCUACAGGAUGCACCAUAGAUGCUUUUUUUUUUUUUUAAAGAUUGACAACUUAUCAAUUUAUUUCACAAUUUCCAGACAGGGAGAAUGAACAAGAGCAAU